GGGUGGCACCGGCGGGCAAAGUCCCAGUUGACGAACGAUGAUCCGGACGGGCUAUGGCCCCGUGGGUCUACGGCACCCCCGGGUGGCGGAAACCAUCAAGCCGGCCGGGAGCAACGAAAAGAAGGAGGUGAAGAUUUUCAGGAAAUGGCUGGAGAAGAAUCGUAAAGAGAUCAAGGCGGAACAGUAUCGAAGCAUUGUGAAGCAAACCAUGCUCUUGGCUGCAGCCCAAAUGGAGGUGAAUGACAUUGCCUUUGGGGCUCCAUCAGUGUGCAUUGAUGAGAAGUCUGGUCUUUACAGGUCUCCUGAGGAGAUGGCCGUACGAGAUAAACUGGCGAAAGACAAGAUCAAGAGCUUGAAGGACGGCACUGCUGCCAUUCCAGGAGGGAGGGUAAGAGGACCUGGUAGCCUGAAGAAGACAGGCAAAAGCCAAACCAGACAUUUGCUGGUGAAGACCAGCAAAUAUCCCUGGGCAUGGUACAAAUACAGGUAUUGGGUCAUCCAGUCGGGCAUCAUGAAGGUCUAUCGCACCGCAGGGCCCGAGUAUGCAGGGGAGGCUCAUCGCUUGUACGAUAUCAGGGAGGCCACCUGCAAGUUCGAGACUCGCGACAUGGUGGGAAUUCACGAGCCCUUUCUGGGUCAAUAUCAGGCGCGUGUGCGGCUUCUGUUGAAGGAGAGAAGCUGGGGACCCGUCUUCUUGUACUCCAAGGACGUCUCUGAAGCAAAAUCCUGGGAGAGAGCCAUUCGCAUGUGCAAAUAUUUGCUGAACGCGGCUGACAGAGAGGCCAUGGCGUUCGUGAUUGGUCGCGUGGCGGGCUCCAUCAUGGCUAAGGGCUGGAACGCGGCCUUCAGAUACUACAAGGAGUUGGAAGACACCCGGCGACUGAUCCGUGGUUUGGCAAUGAGGCUCAUGAAACUGGACCUCAGCCGAGCUUGGAACAAGGCACGCUUGGUGUACUUGCAGAAGAGUCAGCAGGAGAAGCUACGAAAGGAGCAACAAGACUGGGCGGCCCGCUUUUUGCGCGACAAGAUGGACAGGAUCAACAACCAAACGGCCAGAUCACCGGCCAUGAUCCGCAUGGCGGCCAUCAACAAGGUGCAGCUCCUAUUCCGUCACUUCCGCCAGGACCAUAUCUUUGAUCGCUCCUAUGCGCUGGGAACCAACGUCAACACCCGCGUGCAGCAGAUGAUGAAAGGCGUUUCAAUGAUGGCAUCUUUCACCUCCUUGACCAUCAAGGAUGUUUUGCAGCUCACCCUGAAGGGGGAGGGUUUGUCUCAAUUCUACGAGAACAUGGAUGCAUAUACAGACUCAAAAGCAUCGCAAUAUUCGGAGGUGAAGGUGACGCUUCAGCCGUUGCAGUUCAGCAUUUCGGAGAAUUUCACCAUGCUGUCCUUUUCUGAGAAGGACAGCGGCUCGAUCCUACACAACGCCGGCUGGGAACACUUUGUGAAUCUGAACCAGAUCAGUUCAGUGAUCCUUCACACCGAACGCGCCUUAGAGAAGACCAACAAAGGCGAUCGUUUGCCGCCCUCCAGUUGUGGUGGGGUUUGGUUCACCAUCAACGGUCCACGGGUGGGCUGGGGCUGCGGCCUGCGUAUGGUUACGGAUCAAGAGACGCAGAAACCAAUUCAAGAAGUGGUGGGCUCUCCCGAUGGCAUCUACUUGGGCCAAGCCUUGGCCAAGGGCUCCGCCCUACAGUGGCUGCGCAUGGAGAUUGGCAUCAGAGGAGCGGAGGUGCCCGACCUGCGGAGCCAGCUGCCGGAGGAGGGACAGGCAGAGGUCUUUGGAGAAGACAGCGAGGUCCGCUCCGACUUCCAGACCUUCCUGAUCCUCACGGUGUUGGGCAAGCGCUUCAGGAGCACUCCAUCCACUGGGAAGUCGCCAAACUACCAAGGGCCCUACAUGGGGAAGUUUGUGGCUGAAAUUCCCUUGCCAGUGGGAGAGAAUGGUAUCGCAGCCCUUGAUUUGUCGGAGAUUGGCAUUGAUGUGAUUGAACAGGAUCCCCUUGACUUUGAGAAAAACCGCACCAUUUGGGCCACCAAGAUGCCCUUAUGGAAGCUCUUGGGCAGUGAGGAGGAAGUUGCUGCAGUCUCGGCCCCUCCACCCAGCAGCAACGCCUUCACAACGAUGGGCCUGGAGGUUCAGACCUUGACUCAGUUGGGAUUGGUGGAAGAAGCUGCCGAGAAUGUGCAUUCCUUGAGGGCUUCCCUCAAUGCGGGCGCGCGAAAGACCAACAAGCGCGUGCAUUUGAUGCAUCCCGCUGUGGAUAGCUCGGACACGCUGCCGGUGAAGGCCUUUAUCGAUCUGGAGGUUAGUGCGAAGGUGGCCGCGUCCUCAUUGUUGCCACGGACCUGCAUUUCUCCCGAAGUGCAAGGACGAGGAUCAACGGUCAACCUCUUCACUUCGCACAGGGCUGCUUGGUUGGACUCAGCUGGCAUCAUGAGGCAUGUGAGCGUGCCGAGCAUGGUGGAGUUGAAGGUCAGAGAGCUGCUCUUCCCCAGUGAUGAUCCUUCAGAGGAGACCCGUCUUUACAGAUACUUUGUGGAAGCCACCUGCUGCGGCGUGCGUCGCAGCACGGUCGCGCUCUGUCGGCCCAAGAAAACCUGGAGUUACUUGGUGCCCUGCGAUCCUUCGCAGAUCGACUUCAAGGCGAGCAACAUCUUCUUGCCCUUGCCCCCUGGAAGUUGGAGUGAUCUCCAUGCGCCCAUGGUGGAGGUGAAGAUCUACAAGACCAUGGUCUAUGAGACGCCAACCCUCAACUACCAGGAAUUGCUGGCGCACAAUGGCAAGACGUCGCCUGUGGCACCGGAGCCGGAGAUGGUGUACCAUGCAGAGCUGUCCUUGGACUCCAUGACCCUGGACUUCUCGAGGAAACAAGCCCAAGUACCCUUCGCCAAAGCCAAGGCAACCGCCACCAGCUACAACGUGGCCAAGGAUGAGUUGAGCCCCGUGGAGAGUCCUGCGAUCUUGGUCUUGGACAUAGCCCUGCGAGACAGGGACUUUGCACGCUUGCAGACUGCUCAGGACCCCCGCGCGGGCGUGGUGUGCGUGGGAGACAAGGCCAUGAUUCAGGUAGAGGAGCCGAUCAGCUACCCACUGAAUGAGGUGGAAUAUCGCCGCCGUGGUUUCCCUGGAGAGUUCCAGGUGUCGCGGCGUCGUGGCGAGUUGUGGUCAGCGCCUUUGAGAGAUCCCUGUGCCUCCAAUGAGUACAAGGCGAGCGGCCUGGGCGAGUUGAUUCCUCCAGUGCCCUUCAAGCAACGCUUCCUGUCCAACAGCCACGACGACUUGGCGCCCCACAAAUAUGUGCUCCAGCACAGCGAGGCGGAGCAUGUGGCGUUGGUGAAGCCAGGUACCUACUGGAGGAUCAUGGACAGCUUGGUGGUGGACAAGAGCCAAGAGUUGCAGAAAAGGAUGAUGAACACCGAACGCGAAGAAAAGAAGCACCUGCCUCAAGUGGUGGAGAAGCUCUCGCACCUCACGCGCAACGUGCCGGUGACCGUUCUGGCCGUCUAUCCGGACCAGACCUGCGAUGUGGAGCUGGCGUCCAACUUCAUUGCUCAGUGGGAGAACCAGCCGCACAAGCCCUACGCCUUCCAGGGCUCCGUGAUCAUCGGCGAGCACCUGGACAUCAGUGAGAUGGCCAUUCGCUCCGCGCCCAUCGGCGCGGGGGACGUGGGGGAGCGGAAGCGCAGGCGCAUCAUGCUGAAGGGCAUCCAGUUGAGUUCGCUGCUCAGCGUGCAACCUGCCAGCUUCAACGUCUACGAUGCAGCCUUGACCACCACGGAUGAGAUUGUUCGCAUCGAGCCCAGAAGAAUUGGCAAUGACUACAACCCAAGGUUGAUCGAUGGCACAGUGGAUGACAUGUCCAUCCUGGGUGGCCACCGUGGCAGUUAUCGCAUCGCGGCGGGGCCGUUGCCGGCCGACGCCAACCCCACGGACUGUCAGUACGAAUGGUCGUUGCAUCUCAACGCAGCCAAUGAACCGGACAUGUACCACUUCGUGACCAUGCUACGGCAAGCUGCGCGCAUGAACAUCUACGAGCAGGUGAAGAAACUGAAGGAAUUCAAGCAGAAGAGCGUCUAUGCACACAACCACCGGCCGUAUUUGGAUUCCCAGAUGUACUCCUCUCAGAGUGGACACUUGGAGGUGAUCUUGGUGGAAGCCAGGCAUCUGCGACCUGCGCGGGUGCAACAGGAGCAGGACUUGCAGACCGCCUUGCAGAAGAGCCUCCAGCUGGAUCUUCAGGUUGAGGCCAGUUUCCGUCUCAAGAACAUCGACGCCGAUGGCAAGGCCAAAGACCUGAUCUACAAGGGCUCCAAGAUCCAACGCUGCCCCACCUUGGUUGGCAGCAAUCCCAACUGGGGAGAACAGGAGCAACUGAAGAACUCGGGCGGAUGGGUCUUCAAAAGUCCACUGCUGGAGAAGGCCACCAUGCAGAACUUGUAUCUGGAGAUUGAGCUCUCCUCACGAAAGUAUGAGAAGCUGGGAAUGGUCAGGAUGGCUGUCUUCGGUGCUUCCUUCCAAGAUGAAUUCCUGGGUGGAGCGCCCACCAUCGAUAUGAGCGAUCCCAAAAAGCUCUUCAACAACCUGUGGCUUCCGCUGGCCACAAGCGAUGCGGAAGCGAAGCUGACUCCCAAAGCAUACGGAGAGUUGCACAUCUUGACCGUGUGGAAGCCUUCGGUGGAGACCGUGGCGCUCCGGCGCUUGCCCAAAACGGUCCGUGGCUGGCAGAACUAUGAGCUGAAACAGGCGAUGAAGGGUGGGACGGCGAUGCACGAUCCCGUCUACGACUUGCAGACCUUCAAGAGAGGUUAUGAUCCCAACCUCUAUGAGUACAAGAAUGACAUGCCUGAAGUGAUUACAGACGCCAAGCUUGGACAUUUGCAGAAGAUGUUGGAGAGCAUUCCUUACCUCGACUGCUGCGAGAGGCAACAACGAGUCGCUUGGCGCGACUUCCGUUUAGAUUUGGAGAGUCGCUCCUCCGUGGAUACCGAAAACCGGCCGCAGCGCGCCAAUCUCAGCCGCCUGCGCAAUGCCUGGGUCAGAGCCGAAACGCCCAACACGCGGAUGAUGUGGGAGCUCGACGAGCUGAUGCGCCGUGGAGUACCCGCACAGCAGCGUGCGGAGAUCUGGUUCGAGAUCAGUGGGGCGCAGGAGCUGCAGCAACGCUACCAGGAGAUGUACGCUGAGACCAAAGACCCGGAGGAACUCUUCCGCAGGUUGGUGGAAGAUGGCCGGCCCUACCGCAACGAUGCCAUGUGGCAGUUGCACGAAGACUUGGUGGCCGCUGCUGCCUGGGAAAGGCCGACGCAUCACUCGGCCAUGGCGCGGCACUUCCAGCGCCUGAAGAGCGCGGAGGAUGUCUGCGUGGCCUUGAUCGCCUUCUCGAAGGAGUAUGAGGACUCGCAGCCCCCAAAAGGCGUGGCCAACUACCAGGACUUGGAUGAUGUGGACCGCGAGACAGGGCUGCGGAUUACAGCCCCCAUGGCCUACUGUGAGUCGCUCUUGGUCUUGGCGUUUCACCUCAUUGUGGCGCAGACACCCUCCAACACUGACGAGGAGGGUGGCGUGCAGGAGGUUUGGUCCACAGCUGCCGGACAGCACCCGAUGAAAGGGGAGAAGGAGGCCGAGAUCCGCGCAUUCUGGCUCCUCUUCCAACUCACAGGGGGACUGGGACGCCAAAGCUUCAGAGAUUACUAUGGCAUCCCGCGAAAGAACAUGGUUGCGACAGGUCUGGAUGGCCAGAUGGUCUCUGCCGUGGAUCGCAAGGGCGCCAUGGACGACGUUCAUCGUCUGACCUUCAUUUUGGCUCGCUUCGAGCCAGAUCUCUUUGUGCACAUGAACGCCACCGGAUUCCAACUACCAAGCCUCUUCUACACGACCUUCAUGCGUCUCUUCGCCUUCACAUUGCCUGUGACGACCUUGUUCCGCUUCUGGGACCUGCUCCUGGCGGACGCCAACCGCCCGGACCUAGCCGAGGGGAAGCCGGCGCGGCACGCGCUCAUCGACUUGGCCUUUGGAGGAGUGGUCGCGUGUAAGGAGACCAUUAUGAAGUGCCAGAGCGCGAUGGAAAUUCAGAACUGUUUGGUGAACUUCUUUGAGUCGCUGUACGACCCAUCCAACUUGGUGGAGUUGGUGGCGGCCACGGAAUACCAGCUUUGGGAUGACGCCAAGAGCAAGAUGGCUGGGAAGGUGGGUUUGGGCGCCCUGCACACCAUGGACUACGAGAAUUCCGUGAAGAAUUGGGAGCACUACUUCUUCCAUCACAGGCAGCAGAAUGCGGUGCUUCGAGAUUUGACGCAGAACAACAAUAGCCUUGGCAGCGUCGCCAACGCCACCAUCGCCAGCAACCAAUCGGCGAUGACCAACAGCGUGCCGACUGCGGGAGAUGUGCGUGUCACCACCCGCAGUGUGACCAAGGUGAUCAACAACUUCAUGAUGCAAUUCCAGAGCGAAAAGCUGAAUCCCACCAACAAGAUGGGCAUCAUCCGUCAGAUGCCUGCAGAAAUCUUGCGCAUGAGCCCUGCAGAAGUCGAUGACAGCCUGGUGGGCACGGUGCACACCUGGUUCGCCGUGUUGGGGGAACGUUUCAAGACGCCUCUGCCGCCGGCGGUGCUGCGGAGCGUGGGGGUGCCCGCCUGCAAAGGCGCCAUGGCGGAACCGAACCUGGACUCCGCCAGUUGGGAUCAGCAAGUGCGAAAGGCAGCUGGAGAGGCCUGGGGACCCUAUGCCGCGAAGAUCUUUGCCAUGUUCAGCAUUCCCCUUGAAAAGCGCAUCAGUUUGCACGAGUUCUUCUUGGGCUUGAUCGUGUGUUCCAAGGGCACCGUCUCAGAGAAAGCCAUGGCGCUCUUCCACCUGUUUUCGUACGCGGGGCCUGAGCCGAACCUGCAGCACAUGAACCCCAUCAGCCAUGCCACGCACAUCAUUAUCGAGCGCAACGAGGGCAAGAACGUACAGGAAGAGAACCAGUUUGCCAAAGCACCCAGGGAUGAUGAGAUCAAAACCAUGGCGCUGCAUUUGCAGGUCUACGUCUAUGCCAUGGGAGCCAGUCAACUGCAUGAAACCGUGCUGGGUGAAGUCUUUGUACCGAGCCUGGUGCCUUUUGUGACGAUGUCCUUGGUGGGUGACAACCCCAGAACUUUCACGGUUUGGGGCCCUGAGAAGCAGCUUCCUCCGGGCUUCAGCCGCGAGACCGACGCCGCCUUGGUGACGGAGCAUGGCGUCAGACCGUACCUGGGAGAUAUGGUGCUGGAUAUCAAGUGGAUGCCUGAGAGUCCAAGCAGACCGGAAGUGGGGCAACUGGGCAUCAACCUCCAGAGCUUGACCCUGAACCUGGACGCGCCAGAGACGAAGAAUCCACGUGUGGCGAUCUACACCUACACCGAGAGCGGAGAGAAGGUCCAGUUGAAACGAUGGGACCCCCGCAGCACCAUGCGGAAGGUCUCCAAUACCCUGGCCAUGGCGCCGAAGGUGGGAAAGUACGUGGAUUGGGAACGCACCAUGCGAAGGGACAAGGUGACGGGACAACUCUUCAAGAAGUUCACUGCAGGAGAUCACGGCUGGAACAAGGAAGAGAAGGCCUGGAAGUGGUCCAACCUCCACGGUGCGCAGUACUCCAUCGAGCGCACCCCGUUCCGCAAGGCUUGCUGCGAGCGGAAGCAGGUGCUCGAGUCGGGUGGUGCAGGAAACGUCGUGAAGCCGAACCUCAUCACCUUACCAGCGUGCCGUGUCAUCACUGCGGGCAUCCUAAGCCGCAGCUUGCAUCCAGUCACGCAUCGUCAGGCGGUACUGAUGGCGGAUCAGAUCUUCAACCGCUGCGGCGCCGUGCCUGGCAUCCUGGAUGCCAUCAUCGUCCAAGGCGACGCCGGCGAGGCUUCCGAGAGCCUGGCCAAGGCCAAGGAAGAAUUCGCUGAGCUGGGACGAAGCUGGCAAGAUGUGAAGAAGUACAUGAUCGUUGCACAUGAGUUGCAGGUGAUGAUGGGGAGCUACGGGUUGAACCUCUUCACCCCGGAUGCCGUGCGCGAGUCAGGCAGACCCUUGAGUUUGGGCAUGCUAGAGAUCAAGGACCCUUACCCCGGGCAGACCAAGACCCUGUGGCUCCGCUAUUGCCGCGCUGGAGAUGGGCAGAGGUUCAACAGCCGCAUCUUGGCGGAUGGCGAUGGCAGUCUGCGGGGAGGCGCGGUGAAGUUGGACUUCGACGUAGAAGCCGAGCCGGACGCGGCCAAUGCCCAGCUGCAGCUCUCCAAGCAGGAGUUCGUGAAUUGCUUCUGCUCUUCACCGCUGUUGAGUGAGACCUUGAGGCAGUUCUCCACCACCGACAACAGCACCAAGAACGUGCCCGAAGGCAUUGCCAUCAACCUGGAUGUGACCAUCUCGGAUCCAACCAAGGAAGAGGCUGACGCUGACCUCAUGGACACGCUGAAUGUGCGGCAAGCCGUUCUCCUUGAGAUCUGGGACGCUGACAUGGCAGACGACUUUCUGGGCGAAUGCCUCCUGCCGCCCCUGGGCUCGCUGAGCGCCUCCUCCAAGCGCUACGUGCUGCCGGUGCUGCCGGCGCCGCCGGAGAAGGGCUCCACCCGAUAUCACAGCAAGAAGUUUGCCAAGGUGAACUGUGAAGGCUUCCUCCACGUGGAAGCUUCUUGGACCUUCCCCAGCGAGGAAGUGCCGCCUCUGCCGGAUGCGGCCGACAUGGAACGUCGGGUGAAGAGGGAAGAGAUCCUCCACACCGGAAAGCUCCGGUUGAAGAUUGUGAAGGCAGAAGGCUUGAAGGGUGCCAGCCGCAGCUUCCGCCGGGAAGGAAGUAACCCCUACGUAUGCAUGUAUGUGAGGAACGAGGCCUUAGUGGAGAAGGACAAGAUCCCUCCCGGCUUCGACCAGUACGGCUGGCAUCAGACGGCACUGGGACGACACGAAUGUUACUGGACCACCUCGAAGAAGUCGGCCACCAGGAACCCCGAAUGGAACGAGGAGAAGGAGUUCAUGCUCAGGACGGGUGCCUUCGAACGAAGAACCAAACAAGCCUAUCACCUGGAACUCACCUCCCGGCAGGCCACCAGAAACCGCGACGACUACUAUGCCUCAGUGCUGGGCAACAAGGAAGAGCUACGAAUGUAUUUCGGUUCGAAGGAUGUUACGGGACCGGGCACGCAGCACAGCGUGCAAAUCUACAUGGGGGACAACAUGCAUCAGUUCAAGGACAAGUUGGCAGCCGCAUGCAAGGCGGAGGCAGCUGUUGAAACAAAUCGCAAGAGGAAGUUGCAACUAGAGGCCGCGGCGAAGGAUGUGGGUCACCGGCAUUCCGUCAUGGUCUUCGUGCCCUCCGUGAAGCUUCGCGAGCUAGCGCAGCAGGGCAAGGUGGGCGUGAACAGCUACGAGUACAAGCGCUUGUAUCGCAUUGAAGAACAGGAUCCUUCCUCCUGGCAACCUCUGGACAGCAUUUGCACCUUCAUGCAUUACUCCAACAUCUACAGCUUUGGGCGCAGCGUGGCGCAGCGCCUACGAGUGGUGGAUAGCACGGAGCAGUACAAGCUGAAGAACAACCGCCUGAGGCAGUUCGAACGAGAACAGAAGAAGUUGAACGAAAGGCUGGUGGAAUUGAACACGCCUUCGAAGUGCUUCGGCUACGCCAAGUUCCAGCAUCCCUCCGACGCGUCGUCGGCGGAGUGGCGCCCGGCCAUCAUCGAUCGCUCGGAACAGGUGGGAACCUCGAAGCGGAGCUACAAGGUGAGCUACGUGUUCUCCAAGCAGAUCGCCAACCCGGCCAUGUCAGACGAUGGCUUGACCCCAGGGCCCAUGUACCAAGAAGAGCUCGACGAGGACUCGAUCCUGCCAGUGGUCAGCGAUCCGAAGAUCAAGGAUUCUAUCCGUGGUGAGCACAAGGAGUUCUUGGCGCGAGCAAAGAUCCUGAAGGAUCAAGGUAUUUCGGAGAGUGAGAUCGUGCGACAGCUGAAUGCGGAGUUGAAGAAGACCUGGGAAAAGGCUCGUGACUCCGAAGACGGCGAUGGAGCCGCACUGCCGACGCAACCGCCCACCAUUACCUUGGCUGAUGUGCAAGAGGCCAUCCGGAGCAAAGAUGACGAUGCCACCCUUGGCACCUUCCCAGCAGGCUCGACUUUGGCCACCCUGUCGCCUACCAUGUCGCCUGCGAGCACCAGAUGAACUGACGCGUGAUUUUUUUCCUUUUGAACGGACAGCUACAGCCGAAAUGACCUGUACUGAGCAGAUGGAUCGCGCAGCCCAAAAAGCGGCCAGAGUGCUGGUAGGCCACAUCAAGCAACAAAUGGCAGGGAAACA